GGCUCCGUGCGCCGCCCGUGAGCCAGUCCGCGCUUCUUUCACAAACCUCUGGCAUAUGUCAGUGUAACCCUCCGCCUGCGGUAGAUGUGCUGAGGCUGGAAUAGCCACCAUUUUGCAUGUCUAGUGUGUUCCUCCCUCCAUUGCUAAUAGAGACAAUUCCAGUUAUUUUCUGGCAUCAUUACGGCUAAGAAUGCCAGCUCCGAUCAGACUGCGGGAGCUGAUCCGGACUAUCCGGACAGCACGGACCCAGGCAGAGGAGCGUGAGAUGAUCCAGAAAGAGUGCGCUGCUAUCCGCUCUUCAUUUAGAGAGGAAGACAAUACAUAUCGAUGCAGAAAUGUGGCAAAGCUACUUUAUAUGCACAUGUUGGGCUACCCGGCACACUUUGGGCAGCUGGAGUGCCUGAAGCUGAUUGCGUCCCAGAAGUUCACCGACAAACGAAUAGGUUAUUUGGGAGCCAUGCUGCUGUUGGACGAGAGGCAGGACGUCCACCUACUAAUGACAAAUUGCAUUAAGAAUGACUUGAAUCACAGCACACAAUAUGUCCAGGGCCUGGCCUUGUGUACUUUGGGCUGCAUGGGUUCCUCAGAAAUGUGUCGUGACCUGGCUGGGGAGGUCGAGAAGCUGCUCAAAACAUCCAACUCCUACUUGAGGAAAAAAGCAGCGUUGUGUGCAGUUCAUGUCAUAAGGAAGGUUCCAGAACUCAUGGAAAUGUUCCUUCCAGCAACAAAAAACCUGCUGAGCGAGAAAAACCAUGGUGUUCUCCAUACAUCAGUUGUCCUCCUCACUGAGAUGUGUGAAAGAAGUCCCGACAUGCUGGCCCACUUCAGGAAGAAUGAGAAGCUGGUUCCACAGUUGGUGAGAAUCCUGAAGAACCUAAUCAUGUCUGGAUACUCUCCUGAACAUGAUGUGUCCGGCAUAAGUGACCCUUUCCUGCAGGUGCGGAUAUUGAGACUACUGCGAAUUUUAGGCAAGAGUGAUGACGACUCCAGUGAAGCAAUGAAUGACAUUCUUGCACAGGUUGCAACGAACACAGAGACGAGUAAAAAUGUAGGCAAUGCAAUACUCUACGAGACUGUGCUGACUAUCAUGGACAUCAAGUCUGAAAGUGGACUGAGGGUCUUGGCCAUUAACAUACUUGGUCGCUUCCUUCUUAACAAUGACAAAAAUAUAAGAUACGUGGCAUUGACAUCUCUACUAAAGACGGUACAGACGGACCACAAUGCAGUGCAGAGGCAUCGGAGCACCAUUGUGGAUUGUUUAAAAGACCUGGAUGUGUCCAUUAAGAGACGUGCGAUGGAACUGAGUUUUGCCCUGGUGAACGGAAACAACAUCAGAGGCAUGAUGAAAGAGCUGCUCUACUUCCUGGACUCUUGUGACCCGGAAUUCAAAGCAGACUGUGCAUCAGGAGUCUUUCUUGCUGCAGAGAAGUAUGCCCCGUCGAAAAGAUGGCACAUAGACACCAUUAUGAGAGUCCUGACAACUGCAGGAAGCUAUGUGCGAGAUGAUUCUGUUCCCAAUCUCAUCCAGCUCAUCACCAACAGUGUGGAGAUGCAUGCCUACACAGUACAGAGACUAUACAAAGCACUCCUGGAUGACAUCUCGCAGCAACCUCUAGUGCAGGUGGCAUCUUGGUGCAUAGGAGAGUACGGGGACCUGCUAGUAUCAGGACAGUGUGAGGAAGAGGAGCCCAUCCAGGUGAGUGAGGAUGAAGUUCUAGACGUGCUGGAAGGCCUCUUGGUGUCCAACCUGUCCGCACCUGUGACCCGGGGUUAUUCCCUUACUGCCAUCAUGAAGCUGUCUACGCGGUUCAGCAGUGUUAACCGAAUCAAGAAGGUGGUUUCGAUUUAUGGCAGUAGCAUUGAUGUGGAGCUUCAGCAGAGAGCUGUGGAGUACAAUGCGCUUUUCAAGAAAUACGACCACAUGAGGCCAGCUCUCCUAGAGCGAAUGCCCAUUAUGGAGAAAAGUGCUUCUAAUGGCCCAACGGAGAUUGUACAGACAAAUGGGGAGACAGAGCCCUCUGUUGUGGAACCAAAACAUCUACCACCUGUCACCCAGCCAGUUAACCAGGCUAAUGAUUUGUUAGACCUGCUAGGUGGGAAUGAUGUGGUACCAGUAAUCCAGACCACGAUGCCCACCAAGCCUGCCUCAGCUGGAGGAGAGCUGCUUGAUCUGCUGGGUGACCUCUCGCUAAGUGGCGGCCCAACCCCUGCUUCCUCUGUGCCCACGUCUCAACCCUCUUUCCUCAUGGAUGGCCUCUCCUCGCAGCCCCUGUUUAAUGACAUUGCAGCUGCAGCUAUUCCUCCUAUGACUGCAUACAACAAAAAUGGUCUGAAAAUCGACUUCACAUUUGAGAGAGCUAAUCCCAAUCCGAACAUCGCCGUCAUCACUAUCCAUGCUUCCAACUCAACAGAGGCAGAUAUGACGGACUUUGUUUUUCAGGCUGCUGUACCAAAGACAUUCCAGCUGCAGCUCCUCUCCCCUAGCAGUAAUGUUGUACCAGCACUCAACCAGGGAACGGUCACACAGGUCAUCAGAGUCCUCAACCCACAGAAGCAACAGCUACGAAUGAGGAUCAAGCUGACGUACACCCUCAAAGGCUCGCCUGUGCAAGACCUGGCUGAGGUUAAUAACUUCCCCCCUCAGUCCUGGCAGUGAUGAGCUGCUUCUGUUGCUCUUAAAAGCCCCCCCACCAAGGGAACUAUGAAAACGAUUUUCCUUUCACCUUCCUCCCUUCUUCCAACGGAUCCCUCUGUGACGUCACUGCAGUCCGCUGUCCUCGAGUUGCAUGGAAAGCAGCAGAGCAUCUAACACAGGAGAAAAAUACAGAUGUUACGAAGACCCUAUUGACUAUUGACAUCACCGGAAUAAUUAGGAAAACAUAUCAAUCAAUGAACUUCCUCUUUUCUUUCUGAAUUGGUUUCCAUUGUGUCUUUUGUGUAGUAGUACUAUUUUCCACUUACACCCAGCACCAUUACCACCCACAAAAGCACAUAGGCACACCAUUUACUGUGGCACACUUACCCUCUCAAGUCAUGGUAGAGAAAAAGUGUUGCCCACUAUGAGCACUGCAGUAACCCUAGUUUUAUUCAGAUUUAUAAUGAAGCUAAAAUGCAGUUCAAACACUUGCUCCAUCGAUAUUUAUGAUUGGCUUUGCAUUCAGAUUUUUUAAUAUGAACCUUUGUUUGAUGGCAGCAGAAAAAAGCUUUGAAAGGUCUAUUUAGUGCAGUCAUAAACUUGGAUACCUCUUUUUUUUUGACUCUGCAUAAUAUAUGUUAUGAUUUGUCAGAGAGUUGUGUUCAUUUUGAAUUACAUUAAUUACCUUAUAGCAUGUUUGAGCAUUGAUAGGAUCACAAUCACACCCCGACUCAAGCUCGGAGGGGAAUUUCUGCUUCUGGUGGUAUGCCCAGUUUGAUCGCCUGGGGCUACUUUCAGAGAUUUCCCACACUGCUCUCCUAAAAUCAUGUCAUCUGUAGUUGUUAGAUCUGUAUAAUAAAUUCUACAGUUAAUUGCUUUGCAUAGUUUGAAUAGGUUCAUUCAUUAGGAUGGAUAUAAUCCAGGCCUGGAAGUUAUCUGAAGAUAAGCUGAUUACAUUUGUGUUGGGAGAUCUGCGUUUAAACCUUUCCUGCAUCUGUGUCUUCACAGUUGAGCUAGCAAAUUAAAAUACAUUUCAGAUUUAUUUAACCUGGUUGAACUUAGUCACCAUGCACAUACAUGUAAAUGACGCUUGUUAUGAAUGUAGUUACAUGCACUGAAUGCUUUCCCCCCUCAAGUCUCUUUCUCAUAGCUGUCUUCUUUGAUGGGGAUGCUCAUCUUAUUGGCACUAUUUUUGUGAAAGUAUGUUUUAUUUCUGCAGUAAUUUGACUUAAUUAUUUAUGCCUGAUAUCAAAGUGAUGUGCCUUUCUGACUUGGCUAGAUAAAAGCCCCUGAACUAUUGAGUUCUGUAUGAGCUUCGUUUCUAAGUCUGCUUGUGUGAUGAUCGUGUUUUCAAUCGGACAGAAACGGCCUUGAUCGAUUUGAAUUGGUAUAUCACUUCAUUUAUUAAGUUAAACUUUUCACUUCUAUAUCUCUUAGGUUAAUAUUCAGUCACGCACUAAUACCGGCCUGCCUGGAUGUCCACAGCAAAGUCUUUUUGUCUUUGACAAAAACAUAAAUUAUAGCUACACGCUACUGAUCCUUUCUUUCUCUAUAUACUGUGGGGCAGACUUUCCAGUAAAAAUACCGGUUGGAUGUUAUUAAUAAGUCCUAAAAAAAACAAAUCUCAAAGGUUUUGGCAGCUAAUAGAUAUUCCAUAGGAUGACCUCAAGGAUACAAGCGUUUUAAACAGUAGAUAUGUACUACUAAAAUGAAAUAUAAUUUAGAUAUCUUCUCCCCCCCCCGUCAACAAACAAAGUGUGAGUUUGGAUCUCUUAGUGUUGCUUACUGUUAGUAUGGUUUCAUGGCUCUUGUCUUCUCUAAAUCAGAAUUCUGACCACGCUGUCGGGGAUAGUAACCUUAAUACCUCACAAUGUUCUCUCUUUCUGUUAACGUUCAGUUGCAGUUGGUAGAUUGACAAAUUUGUUUAGUCAUGAAUUGCAAUCAAGGGAGCAUCUGCAUAAGAGAAACUAAUGGUAGUUUGUACACGUCAUUACUUAACAAGCUUAGCAGUCGUGCGAUGCUGUGUUGAGAUCCUCAGAUGUUUGGCUGUAUACUUCUUUUCACUAUCUUCUAACUUCUGUGACCAAAUCAGAGACUAUUAGCUUUGGAAAUAUUUUUGAGCUAUGAUAUGUGUAUAUGGAGAAAAUUAUUUCAGUUUAACUUUUUUUCUGUUCUUGACAAAUGCUAUAUUGGCUUUUUUUCUGUACAUAUUGAGGGCUUUUACAAUUUUGUCUCUUGUACUAUCUUUCAUCAUUUUUUUUAGAUACCAUUUUCUAAAAAAAAUCCUAUUAUUCACAGUGUGUGUUGUCUAAAUAGAUCGAGUCAACAUCAGUCUAUGAAGACCCCUGUAUGAUCACUCAUUCAUUGUUAAAGAUAUAUGAUCUGCUGCCUGUACAUUGUAUAUAGUUGUAAAACAAACAAAAGCUGAUCAAAUUAAAUAAUACCACAUGGAGAUAAAAGAUUAGCUAGGAAGUAUAAUUGUAUGCAUAUAUGUACAAAAAGAACCUUUAAAAGGAUGCAAUUGAGCUGCAUUUGAUUUACUAUUCUUCAUGAUCGGGUGUGUCCUCUUCUUUUAAAAAUAUGGUAGGCUACUUGUCGGGGUUCCUUAUGAUGUCGAAAUAAGGGUUGGAUUCAUCUUAACAGAUGUCUAAUUGAUGUACUGUACUACUGAGAAAUCUAAGCACAGUGCUGCACAGCAGCAGAAGCGGCACCUUGCUUCAUCGGCUUCUCUGCCCCUCAAACGCCUCAUGUAUCCAUGCCCUCCUUCGAAGAGGAGCAGGCUUCUUGCCACGAUGUAACUCUGGCAUCGUGUUGUUUAGUGUUCUGCACUCUUGACAAUUUGAUCUAUUAAACUCCCUUCAACCUAC